AUGGUCAACAUUGCCAAAGCUGCCAUGGAAUACGAUGAGGUUCCGCCAGCAGUUCCAAAGAUGAAGUUCGCAAGGCCACUGUUCUGCUACUCGGAGUCCGACCUGAUUUACGAGGUGCUCUUGAACCACUGGCUGCUCAGCCUCCACUCGUUUCUGCAGAGUGGCGAGAUCAUCUUCAAAGAGGAGAAGUGCAACAAGCUCCGCAACCAGCUUGCCGAGGCCGACGCAGCUCUGGCUGCGGCUACGGCGGAGCUCGGUGCAGCAAAGUUGGCCAGACAGCAGGCGGACGUGGCUCUCAACUCGUUCAACCCUGAGCAGGAGGAGCUGCAGUUGGCGCUGCUGCUCAAGGGCGUGUUCCUGCUGCGGGAGACGGGCGCGCUGCUGCUGCUGCUGCUGCUGCUGCUGCUGCUGCUGCUGCAGGGUCAGGCGGAGGAGCUGCCGGCGCUGCGGCACCUGUUCCACCUGAUCUGGUCUCAAUCUCUGAUGCUGAUCUUCGUGAAUGGACAUCCUGAUGACAUGUCCGACAUGGAUUCGGUUGUGGGCGAGCCUGGAGAGCUUGCCACUGAGUUGGAGGGUCUUCGUAAGAGGUCCCUGGUGCAGGCUCUCACCAGCGAUGAGUCCAACCGCAAGGAGAAGCUCAUGUCCCGCCGCGCCCGUAAAAAAGGCGCCAAGCGCAUCAAGGCCGUGGCCACGAACGGUGAGGGCACGUUCCAGCGGGUGCUGGCCCAAGCGGGAUGGCAGGCCUAA